AUGGCAGAGGAAGUGACAGCUUACGUCUUAAUUUUAGAACAAUGCUUGAGAUUCGUUUCAAUGUUGAAAGACCUACAAGAUCCGUACGACAUGGAAGAUUUGCCAUCGCGCAAGAAUGUUGACGGUGGAUUGUACGUCGGAAUUACCGGCGUUGCUUAUAUGUUUUACUAUUUGUCUAAAAACCCCCUGUUGUCAGAGCACAAAGCGAUGUACCUCCAGAAGGGGAUCGAGUACCUAAAGCCUGCUAUGGAGACAUCUGCGGGCGACAAAACAUCGUUUUUACUCGGCGACGCGGGCACAUACGCCCUGGCUACAGUGUUAUAUAAAGAAGCUGGCGAUGACGAGUUCCACGAGUCACUAAAAGCCUACAAGUCACUAUACAACUCAUACUUGCAUCCCAAGUUCCUGAAAUGUGGUGGCGACGAGUUCUUUGUGGGCCGAUCGGGCUACCUCGCUGGUGCACUGUGGAUCAGUCGCGAGCUCAAAAUGAAUGUCUUUUCUCAUGCUGAAUUGUACAAAAUUUGUGAUAUGAUUCUUUCCAAUGGAAGGGAAUAUGCAAAGAAGCACAGGAGCCCAUGUCCUCUAAUGUAUCAUUAUUAUAAUACUGAAUAUCUGGGAGCAGCACAUGGAAUUAGCUUCAUUUUGCAAAUGCUCAUGACCGUUCCUGGCUAUCUAGACGAGAAUAAGUCUGCAGCACAAGAUGUCAAAGUAUCUUUGGACUACAUCGCCUCUUUGCAGACUGAUGAAGGUAACUGGCCUUGCUGCUUAGAAGAGAUAGGGCUAAGUGACCAUAAGUUGGUACAUUGGUGUCAUGGAGCUCCUGGUACUGUUUACCUCAUGGCUAAGGCAUACAAAACAUUUAAAGAUGAAAGGCUGACUGGAAAUGAUAAGCAUUUGUUUAGAGCAAAGAUGUUUGCAGAUUUUAUGAACACAGAUGAAUUUGUCCGAGAGGCACGUUUACCUGACAACCCAGAGAGUCUUUAUGAAGGCACUGCUGGUACUUACAACACUUCAUUUGCGAUUCCACAUUACUAUCCAAGAAUUGGAAUGAUUCUUAACACUUCUUGUAAUAACUGGUUUACAGUUCUAGAUAAUUUGAGGGCGCCAGCUAUAUUCAAGAGUCCUUUCAAAUGGUUUGUUAUUGCGCAAGAUUUUAAUUCCACUAUUGGUGUAUUGUCUCAGUACCCUAUAGAAAUUGAUUCUGAUAUUACAAUUAUUAAAAAAAUUGACAACAACAUUUUCAAUUUGCAUGAAAUGUAUAAUACUGGUUUCUAUACUAGCGGACAAUUAAAAGUAAAGAAGAUAGGGCGAUGGGAUUCGUCGCUACGUUUGGAGAAGCGUCGACGUACGGACCUUUCCGGUGUUAAGUUGAAAUGCACGGUAGUGAUUACACAGAAGGUGAUGAACGAGACGUUCGAGGCGUAUACCGAGAGAUCGAAACUGUCUAAGUCGGAUACUUUACACAAACUAAAGUAUUACACGUUGUUGAAAUAUCUACGAGACAUGUAUAAUAUGAGCUACAAGCUUCGACGGACGAAUUCGUGGGGGUACCUGCGCAACGGCAGUUUUGAUGGAAUGAUCGGCACGCUACAGAGACUGGAGGCUGACAUCGGAGGUUCACCUAUUUUCUUUCGUCAGGAGCGUGCCAAAGUUCUUGAUGCCACUAUAGAAGUAUGGCCUUCAAGGCCUGUUUUCAUUUUACGGCACCCGAAACAUCCUGGUGGCUACUACUCGAUCUUCACGCGUCCAUUGACUAACAGCGUGUGGUACUGCAUGAUGGCCGUUCUAACCCUUGCGGGGACCAUUCUCACCAUGCUGGUAAAGCUUCGCAUAUUGCGACAUCCUGGUGAUGAUGUUGACGCCUCGCCUAGUCUUGCUCUGCUCACAAUUUGGAGCGCCGUUUGUCAGCAAGGUUUAACACUAUCAAGAAAUUCAACGUCUAUCAAGUUAGUGAUCUUCGUAACAUUCCUGUUCACUCUGACUAUCUAUCAGUACUACAAUGCAAUUGUCGUGUCUACGUUGCUCCGUGAGGCACCCAAGAAUAUAAGAACUCCCAAAGAUUUACUCAACAGUAACUUGGAUGCUGGAGUUCAUGAUGUGCUCUACAACAGGGACUUUUUCACGCGUACAACCGACCCAAUAGCUUUAGAAAUGUACAGUAGAAAGAUAGUUACGCCUGUGGCAUCAAAUUUUUUAAACCUGGAGUACGGAAUGGCACUCGUCAAAAAGGGUGGCUUUGCAUUCUUGGUGGAUAACUCGAUUGCUUACGGGAUAAUGAGGAAUACGUUCAACGAGCGAGAGCUAUGUGAUGCUCAUGAAAUCGCCUUGUAUCCUCCCCAGAAUAUGGUCUCUGUUGUGAAGAAAGGCUCGCCGUAUAAGGAACAUUUCGCUUAUGGACUCCGUAAGAUGUUUGAAUCGGGUUUGAUGCAACGUAUCAAAUCAAUUUGGGAUGAGCCACGUCCGCGAUGCGUACGGACGGCUGACAGCCAACUGGUCGCGGUGUCCGUGCGGGAAUUCUCCAUGCCUUUGGCAGCGCUGGCUGCGGGCGCUUUAGCUGCUGUCAUCGCUUUUGCAGCCGAAAUGAUUAGCUGCAGGAGUCGAUACCCUUCCAUUCAAUUCCAACAUUAAAAUUAUUAAGUACACAUAAAGCUACUUUUUCACCGGCGAGACGAGACGAGAUUUGGAGAGCUUGUUUUUAAAAAGGCAAAUGUUUGGAACUUCGCUUUACUUCCCUUGUACAACCCAUCAAAAACAUGCAAGUGAAAAAGGGGCCAACUACAGAACAACCUAAUUUAUUACUUUUAUUUACUUAAUUGAAUUUAAGUAGAUGCUACAUUUAAUUAAAGUGCUUUGAAACUUAACUAUAAAAAUAUACAACAA